CACACCCUUCCCCAUCCCGGCUCCGUCGCCCACCCGCCCCACACACUCAGAACAAGAAUGCCCUGCCCGGAACAACCCAGCAGCGCCUAGAUGGCUUUGGUCACGGUUCAGCGGUCGCCUACCCCCAGCACCACCUCCAGCCCCUGCGCCUCGAGCUCUCAUUUGGAAGACAGUGAGUCAGCAGUGUUACUUUGCUGUGAAUGUGAAGAAUCAGAGAUCUUUAGUGAUUCCAAUGAGGCAGACAGUGGGGAGGAGGAAUGCCGGUCACAGCCCAGGAGCAUCAGUGAAAGCUUUCUAACUGUCAAAGGUGCUGCCCUUUUUCUGCCACGAGGAAAUGGAUCAUCCACACCAAGAAUCAGCCACAGACGCAACAAACAUGCAGGUGAUCUCCAACAGCAUCUUCAAGCUAUGUUCAUAUUACUUCGCCCAGAAGACAACAUCAGGCUGGCUGUAAGACUGGAAAGUACUUACCAGAAUCGAACACGCUAUAUGGUAGUAGUUUCAACUAAUGGUAGACAAGACACUGAAGAAAGCAUUGUCCUAGGAAUGGAUUUCUCUUCUAAUGACAGUAGCACUUGUACCAUGGGCUUAGUCCUGCCUCUCUGGAGUGACACCCUAAUACAUUUGGAUGGUGAUGGUGGGUUCAGCGUAUCAACAGAUAACAGAGUGCAUAUAUUCAAACCUGUAUCUGUGCAGGCAAUGUGGUCUGCACUACAGAGUUUACACAAGGCUUGUGAAGUGGCCAGAAUGCAUAACUACUACCCGGGCAGCCUGUUUCUAACAUGGGUGAGUUAUUAUGAGAGCCAUAUCAAUUCAGAUCAAUCCUCAGUCAACGAGUGGAAUGCUAUGCAGGAUGUGCAGUCCCACCGGCCAGACUCUCCAGCCCUCUUCACAGACAUACCUACUGAACGUGAGCGAACAGAAAGACUAAUUAAAACCAAACUAAGGGAGAUUAUGAUGCAGAAGGAUUUAGAAAACAUCACUUCCAAAGAGAUAAGAACGGAGUUGGAAAUGCAAAUGGUGUGCAACUUGCGUGAAUUCAAGGAAUUCAUAGACAAUGAAAUGAUAGUGAUCCUUGGUCAGAUGGAUAGUCCUACUCAGAUCUUUGAGCACGUGUUCUUGGGCUCAGAAUGGAAUGCCUCCAAUUUAGAGGACUUGCAGAACCGAGGGGUACGGUAUAUCUUGAAUGUCACUCGAGAAAUAGAUAACUUUUUCCCAGGAGUCUUUGAAUACCAUAACAUUCGGGUCUAUGAUGAAGAGGCAACGGAUCUCCUGGCCUACUGGAAUGACACUUACAAAUUCAUCUCUAAAGCAAAGAAACAUGGAUCUAAAUGCCUUGUGCACUGCAAAAUGGGGGUGAGUCGCUCAGCCUCCACUGUGAUUGCCUAUGCAAUGAAGGAAUACGGCUGGAAUCUGGACCGAGCCUAUGACUACGUGAAGGAAAGACGAACAGUGACCAAGCCCAACCCAAGCUUCAUGAGGCAACUGGAAGAGUACCAGGGGAUCUUGCUGGCAAGCAAACAAAGGCAUAACAAGCUCUGGAGAUCUCAUUCAGAUAGUGACCUAUCAGAUCACCAUGAACCCAUCUGCAAACCAGGGCUAGAACUGAACAAGAAGGAGAUCACUACCUCCGCAGACCAGAUUGCUGAGGUGAAGACUGUGGAAAGCCACCCACCCAUACCUCCUGUCUUUGUGGAACAUGUGGUCCCACAAGAUACAAAUCAGAAAGGCCUGUGUACCAAAGAAAGACUGAUUUGCUUGGAGUUUCCUUCUAGGGAAUUUCAUGCUGGACAGAUUGAAGAUGAGCUAAACCUCAAUGACAUCAAUGGAUGUUCAUCAGGAUGUUGUCUGAAUAAAUCAAAAUUCCCUCUUGACAACUGCCAUGCAUCCAAAGCCUUAACUCAACCUGGACAAGCCCCAGAAAUGGUCAACAGAUUCCCAGACUUAGCAGUGGAAGAUUUGGAAACAGAUGCGCUGAAAACAGACAUGAAUGUCCAUUUAUUGCCUAUGGAAGAAUUGACAUCUCGACUGAAAGACCUCCCCAUGUCCCCAGACCCUGAGUCACCAAGCCCCCAACCCAGUUGCCAGGCUGAGGUCUCAGAUUUCAGUACAGAUCGCAUUGAUUUUUUUAGUGCCCUAGAGAAAUUUGUAGAACUUUCCCAAGAAUCCCGGCCCCAAUCUUUUUCCCACCCAAGGAUGGAAGAAUUGGGUGGAGGAAGAAGUGAAAGCUGCCGAAUGUCAGUGGUAGAAGUAGCCCCUUCUGAAGUGACAGCUGAUGACCAGAGAAGCAGCUCUUUGAGUAAUACUCCCCAUGCAUCUGAAGAAUCUUCAACAGAUGAGGAACAUUCAAAGACAAUCUCAGAACUGGUCAGCCCAGAUAUCUUCAUGCAGUCUCACUCAGAAAACAUAAUUUCAGUCAAAGAAAUCAUCACUGAGAUUGAGUCUAUCAGUCAAGGAAUUGGACAGAUUCAACUGAAAGGAGAUAUCCUACCCAACCCAUGCCAUACACCAAAGAAGAACACCUUCCAUGAGCUGCCCAUCGAGAGGGCCCAGGCCCUGGAAAACAAGUCUCGGAAUCUGGAACAGAACGAGGGUUCCUGUACAGCUCAGCCAGAACUAGCCAAAGACGCAGGCAAGUGGGAUCCAGAAGGCUGCCUAGCCACACACUCAUUCAUGACAGACUUGGAAGAAGAGGAACAAGCUGAAGGGGAACAAGAGUUCUGUGGCCUAGUGAUGCACCCAAGUGCUAAGUGGUGCCCAGGCUCCGUAAGGCGAGCCACACUGGAGUUUGAAGAGCGCCUGCGGCAGGAGCAAGAGCACCAUGGUGCUGCUCCUCUAUGUACCUCUUUGUCUACUCGAAAGAAUUCUAAGAAUGAUACUUUUGUGGCAGACCUAGCACCAAAAGGGAAAAGUGAUGAGGCCACUCUGGAACUUUCAGUUGUCCAUAAGGAAUCAGAGAUGAGCAAGGGCAAAGGGGAAUAUAUUGGAUAUGAAGUUGGCUCACUGCCCCUGUCUGAGCAGAAAGUCAUGGCUCCAGCAUCCAUGCUGCUGGAGUUUCACCCCGUGUCAGCCCCUCAGGACUGUCCAGGGUCAGAUGCUAGAACGCAGCAGGAAGAAGUCCUGAAGGAGCAAAGGGCUGUGCUUUCAGGCCAAGGGUCUGAGACACAAGCCGUGCUUCUUUCCCUUCCCAAGAGGAUAGAAAUCAUCGAGUAUACACACGCAGUCACAUCGCCUGAUCACCCUGGGCCAAAAGCUGAUGGAGCCACCACCCAAAAGAGUGGGCAGCAAGGGCCGAGGGCAGUGAAAGCAGAGAAGUCCAUCACUGUGCUCUGUGCACUGGAUGAAAAUCUGAACAGGACUCUCUGCCCUGACCAGGUUGCUAUGCACCCCCAAGUGCUACCUCUGUCACAUGCUUCCUCUCCUGAGCAGGACAGGCCCACCAGCCUGCCCUCCACUCUGAGCAGCCCUGAAGACAGGAGCAACAGCCCAUUGACACCCCUAGAGACAACAGCACCUUUUGUCAGUCACACAACCCAUAUACCAUCUCCCGUGGAUUACCUGAAUCCCCAGACCACAGUUCACCUGGAGGGCUUCAUACAGCAAAGCAGCAGCACUGAUGAUGAUCCCUGCACACACCAGGGUAGCUGGGCGGAAGGUCAGGUGGGCCCCCUCUCCAGUGGUAAUGAGGUGUCACAUAAGUGCUCCCAGUUAAGUAGUGAAGACCUAAGCUUAAAUAACAAACUUGAUGACACUGUGGAGGCGUUCCAAGAAAAACUGGACGCAUCACAUGUAGCCUGUCGACUCACACAUAGCUCUAGUAGUGACAGCGUAAAGGGCCUCAGCCACUGUGCCAGUGUGGUGAAGGAACGUGCUAAAGAAAUUGAGUCCCGAGUGGUUUGCCAGGCUGGGCUCACCAAACCAUCCCAAAUGAGACGCUCAGCUUCCUUUGCAAAGUUAGGUUACUUGGACCUCUGUAAAGACUGUUUACCGGAGAGGGACCCUUGUUCCUCAGAAUCCCUUCAUCUCAAACUGCUUCAGCCCUUCAUCAGGACGGACUCAGGCAUGCAUGCCAUGGAGGUCCAGGAGCCUUCAGAAGACCCAGGUGCCCCCCAGAACCUAGAGCCCACCAAGUAUUUUGUAGAGCAACUCAAAACCACGGAGUGUAUCGUACAGAGCAAGCCAGUGCAGAGGCCUCUUGUGCAGUACGCCAAAGAAUUUGGUUACAGUCAGCAGUGUUCGCUCCCCAGGGCAGGACCUGAAUUGACUAGUUCUGAAGGAGGCCUUCCUUUGCUACAGACCCAGGGACUACAAUGUGUAGGCCCAGCUCCAGGACUGUCUGUGGCACCCCGUCAGCAACAUGGCAGAACUCACCCCCUUAGGAGACUUAAAAAGGCAAAUGAUAAAAAACGGACAACCAACCCCUUCUAUAAUACCAUGUGAUUCUGAGCCUACACAUGUGACUUUUGAAAAGAAAUGUUUAUAAAAGGGGCAGGUGUAAUAUGUAAGAAACAUGCACUUUAUUAGUUAAUUUU